AUGUACCGUCAAUCCAACUCGACGCCGUUUCCGUCGGCGGUUGAGGCACCCGCACUCUUUGCUUCCUGGACACCCCGGGCCAGCUAUUAUGUGGCCGUUCUCGUUAUGCUACUGGUUGCGUGGCUUUUGAGGCCAAAGUCUCAGUGCAGCAAGCUUAGUGUACCCUUCUACGGAGCUUCGAAAUUGAAGUGGAUUUUCGAUGCCGAGUCACAAAUUGUUGCCAGCUACAGCAAGUUUCGAGACCAAGUUUAUCAAAUCAAGGCGACAGAGGGAAUUCAAGCCAUGAUCCCCCCAAGGUUUAUCGCCGAGCUCAAGGGGUUGCCCGAGGAUAUCCUUAGUGCUACGGAGGCCGUAGCUGACGCUCUUCAGACGAAAUACACCAAAUUCUCGCCGGGCCACAACGGCGAUAUGCUCUCACUUCUCGUCAGAACCAGAUUAACUCAGAAUCUUGUCGAGUUGAUCCCUCAGCUCAAGGUCGAACUGGAGCAUUACAUUGGUACCGAAUUCCCUUCUUGCGAGGACUGGACGCCUGUAAAAUGGCAGCCAUUCGCUUUGCGUGGAAUCGCCCGACUGAGUGGCCGAGCCUUCGUUGGACCCUUUCUAAACCGAGACGAGCAGUGGAUGGAGGUGUCGAUCAACUUCGCCAUCAACGUUUUCAUGUCUGUAAUCAAACUGCAACUUUUCCCGGAGUGGGCUCGACCCGUCGCCCAGUAUGCCGUAUCGGACUUGCGCAAGAUUCGACGAGAUAUAGAUGCCGCAAAGUCAAUGUUGAAGCCACUGCUUGAAGAAAGAAUACGCGAUAUGGAGAUUUCGACCUUUCAUGAUCCGCCAAAUGACCUUAUGCAAUGGCUUAUUGAGGCUCUACCCGAGGAAGAAAAGGCAGACGUCCAGACACACGCCGAGCUGCAGCUCAUCUUGGCAGCCGCUUCGAUUCACACCACUAACAACCUGUUGUUUGAAUGCAUGGCCGAUCUUGCUUCACACCCUGAGGUUCAGGCAGAACUACGCGAAGAAGCCUACCAGAUAUUGGAGGUGGAAAAUGGCUGGGUUCGUAAGGAGAGCAUGGCCAAGCUCAAGAAGCUUGACAGCUUCAUGCGUGAGGUUCAACGGCUCCGUGGCAAUAUCACAUCCUUUAUUCGCAAAGUCUUGAAGCCGAUCGAACUUUCUGAUGGCACGCAUUUGCCCGCAGGAACGAGAGUGCUGGCCCCUCAGGCUGGCAUUUCCGUCGACGACCAGUUUUUCCACAACCCCGAAGAGUUCGAUGCGCUACGUUUUUACCACAUGCGACAAGAAUCGGCCGAAGCGAGUAACCGCUGGCAGUUUACCUCCCUCAACGAUACGAACCUUAAUUUCGGUGCAGGAAAACACGCCUGUCCCGGUCGAUUUUUCGCUGGCAAUGAGAUUAAGCUGAUUCUGGCAUUCUUCCUCAUCAACUAUGACGUAAGGCUGAAGAAGGGCGAUGAGCGACCGAAGCCUAUGACGAUGGUCAUGACCAAGGGACCGGAUGCCAAGGCUGAGUUUGAAUUUAGACGGCGACAGUUGGCCAAUUAA